AACUCUUUAAUCUACGAAGGAAAGAAAGGAAACUUUGACAGUUUCCAGUUUCCUACGUAAAAAAAAUAGCGAAAUACGGAUGUUUUCCAAAUGUCUGAGUCGAUUUCUUUGGUAGUUUUACGGCUUGAAAUUGAGAGGGGAUAUUCUCUCACCACUGAUUUGAAUUAUAAAGCACCAGACUUUGAAGUACUCGGUGAAAAGGAGACAGCUAAACUCAAAGCCAGUUACGCUGAGGCUGCUUGCAGCUCGAAAAAAGAUAUUUUGCAGGAUUUAUUGGUAAAGAAGUGCAGAGGAGAGAGGAUAUUCACCGACCUGACAAUAGAGACGUAUUUAAAUGACAUGAGUGAACAAGCAGAAAAACACUCAAACCUUUCAACAGAGAAGGUCAGUGAAGAGACUAAACGAAAGAAUCCAGAAAUUGGUGCCUUUUCCAGAGAAGGCUCUGUAGCAUCCAAUGCGUCAACAUCAAGUGGAGAGAAAAUAGUUUCAAAGGAAGUUUUUUUCCAGCCAAUUGAUGAAAGUGAUGACAGGCCAAAUCCCGGUCAAAGGGGAGAGAGGCCCCACAGUGGGGGAAGGCUGAGGAGCAGUCCCCGUGACUCCCCUACAAUUCAAUUCUUCUCAGGAAAUCCGAUGGUAGAGAGGACAUGUGGAAUCUUACACCUGUACAAAGACAACAAGAAGACAUUAUUAAAGGAAGAGGUCCCUAGAAGUGAAUUGAUUUGUAUGUUAGCUGUGCCAGCAGCCUACACUAUUCAUGAUUUGGUUAAAUUCACUGCCCCAGUGGUCGAAGGUAUUGAGUACAUGAGGAUUAUCAGGGACACCACUCCAAACCAGUACAUGGUCCUCAUAAAGUUCUGCAAUCAGAGACUGGCAGAUGAGUUUUUCAACACAUACAACAAUGUGUCCUUUAACUCAAUAGAACCAGACAUUUGUCAGCUUAUUUAUGUGGCAAAGGUGGAGGUCAUGAAAGACUCAGAGGGGGCCUGUUUACCUGUGACUGGUCUGACAGAACUUCCUAACUGUCCUGUUUGUCUAGACAGAAUGGAUGAGUCUGUAGAUGGUACACCAGUAUUGACGAUUCUGUGCAAUCACACUUUUCAUGUCAACUGUUUAGCAAAAUGGGGAGAUACAAGCUGUCCAGUAUGUCGAUACUGCCAGACCCCCGAGGAAACAGCUGACCAGAGAUGUAUGACUUGUGGCUCUCAGGAGAGUUUAUGGAUUUGCUUGGUGUGUGGUAACAUUGGAUGUGGCAGAUAUGUAGAGCUGCAUGCUUACAAGCAUUUUCAAGAAACACAGCACACUUAUGCCAUGCAAUUGGGUAACAAUCGAGUUUGGGAUUAUGUUGGAGAUAAUUUUGUUCAUCGUUUGGUUCAGAGUAAAGGUGAUGGUAAACUGGUGGCAGUGGAGGACCAGCAAAGUUCAGAAAUGGAUGGCAAGGUUGAUGCUCUAUCACUGGAGUACACAUAUCUCUUGACAAGUCAGCUUGAACAGCAACGGAAGUAUUUUGAACAGAAGAUGACUCAAGUAGAAAAAAGUGCACAAGAAAGAGCUGAUAUCUUGGAUGUGAAAUACAAAACCACUAUAGAUGAUUUAGAGAAAGUGAAAAUUGAACUACAUGCUGUGAAUAGAGAAAAGCAGUCUGUGGAAAAGAAGUGUUCACAUCUCCACGGCCGUUUAACAUCAGCACUGAAGGACUUGCAGGAGGAGAAGCAGAUGAAUAAGUGUUUGUUGGAGAACCAGCAGGUCUGGCAGAAGAAGGUCACAGUGCUGGAGAGUCAGGUUCACGACCUCUCACAGAAUAAGGAGCAGGAGAUUCAGGAAUUGAGAGACCAGCUCCGUGAUGUGAUGUUUUACAUGGGGGCACAACAGAAAUUAUCGGAGACAUCGGAGGUCUCUGAAACAGAGCUGCAGGAAAGUCAGGUCAUUGUUGGGGCCUCUGGAAACACUCCCUCCCCCAGGUCCAAGAAAGGAAGGAAAAAGGACAGAUGACAGAUGAAACAGGUGCCCCCUUUCAGAACUGGAGUCCUCCGAUUUCUGCUCUCUGAAUGUGUGAUACGAAGCUGUGUGAACAGAACACUCUACAAGAGAGUAUUGCCAUAGAUCAUUUUGUUAACACCAGUUCAGUCACCUAGAUGUAUAACAGUUGCUCAAACUGCCUGUUGAAGUUGUUUUCUCUGUAUUAGCAGAGAGUGGACAGUCAUUAUUUGUUUGAUUAUCAUUAAGUGUGUGUGUGUAUGAAUUACAUAUUCGUUUUUAAUCAGUAUGUAUUGUUUGGUUGUGAGGGGCAGAUGAGUUACAUAUAUAGUCUGUAUUUGAUGUUUCUCAUUUUUAAUGUUGUUUUGAUUAAUUGUACUCUCGGCAACAAAGAGGUGAGAAAUGAUGUAAAAUUGGAAUCAGAAAGAUGCCUUUAUCGUACACAGACUGACAGACAACACGUUGUGAUUGUUAUGGUAUGCAAUAAAAUCUUUUACAUCUACA